AUGGACGCCCACGCGCAUCUCCUCUCCCUGGGCUGGGCAGGACCUGGUCACGCACUCGACUCGAAACCCUACCAGCAGAAAGGCCACCGGGGACUCGCGUAUGACCCGGCCAAAUCGUCGAAUACAGGAAACGGUCUUGUGAAGCCACUCCUCGUGUCACAACGCAAGGGCCGCCUAGGGAUUGGCAAAAAGGCCCAUGAACCGCAGGCCGGGAACGAGUGGUGGUUGAAAGGCUUUGAGAGCGCGUUGGGCAACGUUGGGAAGAGUGAGAGUGAACGCAGCAGCGGUGCUUCCACACCGGUGCCUUAUUCCAACAAUGGCCGCAAACAUACUGGCCUGUAUAGUUUUUUCAUCAAGGGCCAGCAGAUGGCCGGGACGAUAGGCGAGGAUGGAGAGAUCAUAGGAUGUAAAAGGCGGAAAAUUGAUCUUCUAGACAGCGGACAUGACCAAGACGACAGUUCUUCGUCACGCCAGACGACUGCAACCGGGUCGAAGAGGUCGAAACCGGCCCCAGCCGUGGAAUUCGAGCUGGUCUCCGAGUACAUUGCACUGAGAGACAAGGAUGAGAAGCGGAAGAAGAGGAGUGGAAGACUCAGCCCUGUCACAGAAUUCCGACAGGUAGCCGAGUACAUCCAAACUCGAUCAGAGAAAGAGACGAAGAAACGAAAACGACAGUCUGAAGAAGAAGAGUCUGAGAUGGCGGAUACUCCCUUGCCGGACAACGAAGCUUCAGCGGCCGUCGAAACAAAGGAAGAAAGACGAGAGCGGCGGCGGCAGCGUCGGGAAGAGAAGGCGAAAACACGUGCAGAGCGCACCAAGAAAGGGUCCUCCAAGUCGGAAACGGUUCAAGAUGGCAGCGACAGCGAAGAAGACCCGGCUGUCAAGGCUGCUCGCCGAGCCGAACGCAAGAAGCGGAAAGCAGAGAAGGUGGCCAGGCUGUUGGAGUGA